AUGUUGGUUUUUUGGUUGGAAAAGCGAGUGGCGCCGACGCACGGACAUACUAUUCCCCGGUUGGAGUUAUGUGCUGGAGUUCUUGCUGUUGAGCUGGCAGAAACUGUAGCAGAAGAAUUGGUCAUAGAUAAAAGUGCAAUUCGCUUUUAUUCUGACAGUAAAGUAGUUCUAGGGUAUAUCUCAGCCGAGACGAGACGAUUCCAUGUUUAUGUCUGCAAUCGUGUCAGUCGUAUUAGGUCAUUCUGCAGUCCGAAACAAUGGGCCUAUAUCGCCACUGAAUCCAAUCCAGCUGACAUUGCUACAAGAAGUUUCAAAACUGAAGAACUCCCUCAGAGUGAAUGGCUCAGAGGACCUGAAUUUCUGUUUGACAAAUUUGUUAGUGUGGAAGAGAGCUUCCCCCUACUUAAUGCUGAGGAUGACAUUGAAAUUAAGAAAGAAGUUGUGAGCAUGAAAACUGAAACAGAGACUAUUACAAAUUCUACGCAAAAGAUUUCAACCUGGAGUGAAAGAUGCGCUAGAUUCUCAUCUUGGUAUAGUCUGAGUAGAGCAAUUGCCAAUUUGAAGAAGCUUGCUAUGAACUUUAUGCGAGAUAAACAGAAAUCUCACUUACCUGUUGAGCUGUUUGUCAUAAGGCAGAUCCAACAUGAAGUGUAUGCAGAAGAAGUACAAGCAAUUACAAAGGGGAGUAAACCACCUAGCCACAGCACUCUUCUACCACUGAACCCAGUUUUGGAUCCUGACGAAAUCCUUAGAGUUGGGGGUCGAUUGAAACACAGUCCAACUGGCAGGUUCACAACUAAGGACCAGUGCCCCAUCAUAAUUCCGAAGGGUCAUCACAUUGCGGUGCUUCUUAUACGUCACUUUCACACGAGCAUACACCACCAAGGACGUCAUCUCACUGAGUCGGCUAUCCGUGCAGCUGGCUUUUGGAUUAUUGGUGGGAAACGUCAAAUCAUUACUAUCAUCAGGAGUUGUGUCAUCUGCAAGAAACUUCGAGGCAGCUUCGGCUGGACAAAAAUGGCAGAUCUUCCUAGAGACCGACUAGAGACUGGCCCCCCAUUCACCUUUGUGGGGAUUGAUGUAUUUGGACCGUGGCCUAUUGUAUUCAGAAAAACAAGAGGCAUGCAGAGAAACCAAAACCGCUGGGCCAUAUUGUUCACGUGCAUGGUGUCUCGAGCUGUCCAUGUGGAGCUUAUUGAAGAAUUGAGCAGUGCGUCCUUCAUCAAUGCCCUGCGCAGGUUCACAGCUAUUUGGGGACCAGUACAGCAAUUCAGGUCAGACAGGGGAACCAAUUUUGUGGGAGGAACCAAAGAACUGAACUUAGACGUUCACUUUAUUGAGAAGGGUCCAGUAGCUAACUAUUUGCAAAGCAAUAAGAUUUCCUGGAUCUUCAACCCUCCCCACGCAUCACAUUUCGGUGGUGUGUGGGAAAGAAUGAUUGGUUGCUGUAGGAGAAUUUUGGACGCCUUAUUAUUGGAGAACAAACAUGAUUUGACACACGAAGUACUCUCAACUUUCAUGCUUGAAGUAUGUGCCAUUCUAAAUGCUCGACCACUUGUACCCGUUUCGUCUGAUCCGGAAAAACCUGAAGUACUAGCACCUUGUCAGCUGCUUACACAAAAGAAUCCUCUACAUGACUUUGCACUGCCAAACUGUAACUUGAAGGAUGCUAUCAAGAGCCAGUGGAAGAGGGUGCAGUACAUGGCGGACAUCUUCUGGACACGAUGGCAUUCGGAAUAUUUACACCUACUCCAAACGCGACCAAAGUGGGAAUCGACCGGAAUCCAUUUCAACAAGGGUGACAUAGUUCUUCUUAAAGACAAUGAAGCACACAGAAAUCAUUGGCCAAUGGCAGUGGUUGAAGAUGCGUACGAGAGCGAGGACGGUUUGGUCCGUAAAGUCAAAGUCAGAGUUGCUCAAGGAGACGAGCGUACAACCUAUGUCCGUCCAAUCACUCAACUCGUAAAGUUGUUGGAGGUUGAAUGA